AUGACAGGAUGGUCGGACUUCAUGAAGACCGCCCAUGUUUCCACUCAGAGCCUGCCUCCCGAAAUCCUCAUCCUCAUCUUCAAAGCCCUAUACGAUGACCUACACGGGGUGAGGGAGAAGUACGAUACUUGGAUAGCACAGCAGCCUGCGCCUGUAGGUCCAGAAGACCUCACGUGGAGUAGGCGCGAACGAGCUUUCCGCCGCUGGAUCGAAGAACACGUUCUCUCGCGUGCGCUCUUCCCCUACGCGUGUGCGCGUGUCUGCGCAAGGUGGCGAGACAUCAUUGCAUCCGUUCCAGCGUUCUGGACGCGUGUCGUCAUAGCUCUUGAUGAUCCCCAUUUCAGCCAAUCUUCCGUUCGCUGGGUGUUCGAGCAGUCCAAAGACAAGUUCAUUCAUGUGUGGGUGACGCGGAAUUCCAAGAGUUCGGAUUCCGCGCUCGUUCGUUCUCAAGAGCACAACAGAGUCAAGCUGGUGGCUGAGUGCCUGCAAAAACACUUGUCUCGCUGCCGGGGCAUUUGCUUCAACCUCAUCUACCGUUCCUCCAUUCUGGCUGCCUGUCAAAGCCUGGCCGGAGAAGCGCCUGAACUCUGGUCGUUGGCACUGACUUCACGCAUCACCGACUCUGCCGAAAACAACACCUUCCUCCGUCGCCUCGUUUGUCGCUCGCUCACGAAUCUGAGUCUUGACGCAAAGAGCUUCAUAGACGUCCGACAGGACCGCCACUGGGCCUUGCUUUCAUCGCGGGCUCAGAUAUACAGGCGCCUAAGCCUCGCACUAUCGACAUACCAGCCAUCGGACACGGACGACACUUUCUCCAUGUUAUCAGUGGUCAAGGCUAUUCGAGGCAUACACUGUCUCAGUAGGCUCACUAUCAAAAACGUCGACUUUUCAUCUUCCGACGAUGAGGAAGGCAUCACCGCCGCGAUGGCCGUCCAAGACAUCCGCCUGGAAGGCCUCGGCGGCUGCGCUGUAUCGGACUUCUUCUACUAUACCGUGACGGAGUCGCAUAGCACCGCAAUUACCAACUGUUCUCUCGCCGGUGAUUGGGGGGACGGCGUUGUAGGCGAGGAGUUGACGAUCUCCAAUAUCAGCGAUGCUACAAACCUCGCGGCCAUGCUUCAAGGCUGGGAAGGCAACAUCCUCAGUCUUGUCCAGUGUCCCGCUGUCGACGACCGAUUUUUGAAAGAUGUGGUCGGUAGGGUUAUGUCAAACUCGAUGCUGCAGCUCGCGGAGUGCUCGUUCACCCCCAGCGUUCUUCGCAACGUGGUGGAGCAACGCUUUGAUGCCCGCUAUUUACCGCAUGAUACCAUCAAGGUUACCUACCCUGGCGUUUCCGCCCCCGAGGAGCUUCGUGCGUGGGCCAAGGGGUGGAUAAAGUGGUUCACCUGGGACGAUAGGAAGCCGCAGCCUGGGUACGAUUACGAUGGAUAUUUUGUGGGUGUCAAGCCGGAUGAGUACGAUCAUGAGGAUUUCUGUAGCUACCUGAACGAAGAUUGA